UUCUAUUAUUAAUUCAAUCAAUGAUUAGUUAAAGGUAGAAAAUUAUUAGUAAAUUCAUUUGAAUCCUUUUAGUUUUGGGUUUCUAAUAACAGACCACAGGCUACAUUUUACACAACUCACUCCAAGCAGCACGAAUGCCUGUGACGAUAAGUUAAUGAAAUAAAUCCACUGAAAAUACAGGUAAAGAUACAAAGAAUUAGGCAAUUUGAUUUCCUUGUAUGUCAUGUGUUUUUUGUGUGUUUUUUUUUUGUCUGUGUGUUCACCUUCCUGAUGGAAGAAAGUGGUCGAAAAACUCAGACGGAAGGGUGGCCACUGCAAAUGAAGUACAGUGCAGCAGCAGCUGACCUGUGGGCUGACCAGGGGGGCGUCCAGCCAGGUUUCCGGAAACCCUCGGGACAAAAGCCCUCCCAGCCUGCUCUGUGCAGGAGAGCUGACGCUAUGCGGAGAGGGUCCUUCACUCCUGAGAGGUGCCACGUUUCCUCUCUGCUCACUCCCAAGGACCCGGCAGAGAGCUCUCUUUAUGUUAAUCGCUGGUGUUUCACAUCCAAGUUGGAAAACGACCCAAUGCGCGUCCCCUCACCGUCCAUCCGGGCUGAGCCCAGAGCAGCGCAGCGGGUCAAGGUCCCCAUGCCAAAUGCUGGACAGAGCAGGCGUAGACUCACCUGA